AUGUUUUGUAUAAAUGAUACAAGUUAUCAGACAACUGAAUAUUUGAUAAUUGGAAUUUUCGAAAUAUUUGCUCAUAUUUUUGCUGUUUAUGCAACAAUUCGAAGUGUCAAAAUAUUUUUAUCUAUAACUGUUUUUCACGAAAAUAUGAAUUUUAUGAUGGCAUGCUUUCUACUUCAAUGGUUCGAAGCAAUAAUUGCUAAACUAAUAUUUCUUCCUUAUGAAUAUGGCUAUAUUUUAAUUGGUGAUUUGAAAAGUACAACAUCUUGGUAUACAACAAAUCCACAACAAAUGGUUGAUAUUGAUGAUUUUGAUGAACUACUUCCAUUAUAUGUUGCAUCAGUUCUACUUUGGCAUUAUAUUUAUACAAUUCUUAUAUGUGUUAUUGCAAUUGGAAUUGAGAGAACAUGUGCAACUAUUUAUAUACAGUAUGUUUUGUAACUGUGUUUUUUUAAUGUUUUUCCUUUUUUCAGUAAUUAUGAAAGUACAUCUCGAAGACAAAUUCCAAUUAUUCUUGUUUUAUCAUGUCAUAUGUUUAGUAUUCCAUAUUCAUUUUUUAUGGCAAAUAAUCGAAUUUCAUUUUUCUUUGCUUUCGGAAUUUUAGUGUUUUCCUUAGUCACAGUCUCAAUUGUAAGUUGUUUUGUUUCGUCUUCAAUGCCAGCUGCUUUUCUGAUGUUUGGCUUAUCAAAAAUAAGCAAACUAAAAUCAAAAAUUAAUGUUCUCGAACAUGUAAAUGAAUAUGCUGUUAGAACUAGAAAAUAUAAGCGAUUCGAGUAAAAUGUUAUAUUUGCAGAUGUUUCUUAUUGUUUGGCGAAUCAAUGUUCACCUGAAGUUUAAAAUGGAAUGCUCUGGAACAAUGUAUAAUUAUUCAUUAGGUCAACAAUUUCAAAUCAAAGAAAAUUAUAAAUCAAUGAAACUAGCAAAGAGAUUAGUUGCAACGGCUGUAUUUUUUAUGGGUGGAUCAGGAGCACUUUUAAUUGUAUUAGUUUUUGAAUUGGUUCCAAAUAUUCAACUAUUUGCCAAUCAUAUUUUGAUGGUUUCUAUUCUUUUGUUAGUUAUUCGAAAAAAUUGAAAAUCUAUUUAUAACUAUGAAUUUUCAGAAAUCCGAUAGCAAUCUGCCCGAUUUUGAUGACUUGUUCAAAAGUUUGGCAGAGAAAAUUUUGGAACUUUAUUCCGAUGAUUUUCUUCUCGCCAUCUUCAGAAAAAUCGAAGCCGACAAUAAAUGAAACAGAUGUUUAUUUUCGUCAAUUGAAAAAUGCGUGGAUUUGA